AUGCAUAUCCUCUCAGAACCGGACGUAUCGCGCAUUUUCCGCAGCUUAACACAGAAGCAAUGCCACGCCUUCAUCGGGGUCCUAGGCUCCGCACUUGUGGGGUACAGUGCUGAAUCCAAGCCAACAGUCCCUGAAUCCGAGAAACUGAUCCAUCAGCCAUUGCGGACCGUCUUUACAACAAAAGCGAACAAUUCAUGUAUUUUCAUGCCGGUCUCGGAUACCACUACGUCCGCCGUGAAAGUUGUCACGGUCGGCAACAGCGGUAUCCAAGGGACAAUCAACAUAUUCUCACCCGAAGGACGACUACAGGGUCUUCUUGCUGCCGCAGAGGUAACAGCAUUCCGCACAGCCCUUGCAUCCAUGAGCACUCUUCGUGAGAUGUAUGGCAUGCCCGACUUGCACUACUGCUUUACCCGGACUUUGAUCCGACGGGUGACUUUCAUUAACCGGGGUCGUCAACGACUUGAUGAGAUGGAGCGCGAUGUUCUAGGUGAAUUGCGAAAGCGCUAUCCUAAUGUUUCUAUUGGCACUUUUGCCAAGGAGGGUGCAGCGGACUAUGACGGGAGGCUUUUGAGUGAGCUGCAGGCUGCUGAUGCCAUCUUCAGCUGUACACCGUCUUCAGAGCCGAACUUCAAGUUUGAGGCGCUGCAGUCUGCUCCUAAACAACGCUUCAUUUCUCUCAUUGGAUCGUAUAAGCCUCAUAUGCAUGAAAUUGAUACUGAGACUUUGCUCUCUGGUGGGGCAAGGUCUACGUUGAUUCCAAAUCAGCUUGUUUAG